GCUUUGUUGUUGAUUUGCGUUGUUGUCAGCUGAUCAGGAAGUAUAGCUAUCAGAUUUGCCUCAACCACAUAGGUUGUUCACUAUUUUCAGGGAGUAGGACUUCGAAGUACUGUUUGUACAGUAGACUCGUUUGUUUCAAAUUGUCCUUAAUGCAGGUAUAUGCUAGAAAGCCUGCUAUCCAAAAGAUGUCAGGCGACGGAUUACAUUUUCAGCGAUAGGGGAGUGACUGUCCCGUUAAGGCAUCAUCUAAGUGGCACUCUGUGUUGUUUUGCCAGUUUAUGUGUAGAUCCAGGAGGCUUCCAAACUGGAUAACAAGACGUUGGAGAUCGGAUACAAGUCGGCUCCAGUUGGAGCGUUGACCCCCCAGAAAAAGAUGAAGAAGCGAAAAGAACUGAACGCACUCAUAGGUCUCGGCGGGGAGAGCAAACGGAAGAAACCCAAGAAAGGCUCCGGUCACAGGCUGCUGAGGACAGAGCCUCCUGAUUCAGAUUCCGAUACCAGCUCGGAUGAGGAUGACUUCAAUAGCUUAGGCGGCCGGACGUUACUCGGAACAAGAGGAUAUGUGCAGUGCUGCAGAAUCUGCUAUCCUUUGUGUGCAUUUAUCAUUCUUGCUGCAUGCACCGUGGCCUGUGCUGGUUUGAUAUGGAUGCAGAUUGCCCUUAAAGAAGACCUGGACGCAAUGAAGGAGAAGCUAAGGGCAAUGGAGUCCAGCCAAAAGGUAUCAGCACAAGAAAUACCAAAGCUAAGUGAGGAUCUACUUGAAAAACAGAAGAGGCUUGAAAAUAUUGAAGCUGGAGACAAGGGAUUAAACACGAUCUGGUCAAAUAUUACAGAAAUAAACAAACAGAUCAGCUUGCUUGACUCUGCUGUAAGUCAUUUAAAGACCAACAUCAAAUCUGCAUCUGACUUGAUAAGUCUUCCAGUGACAGUGGAGGAACUUCAGAAAAGUGUUGCUACCAUUGGAAGCACAUUAACAAGCGUUCAGCAUGAUGUUGGAACUAUGCAAGCAACUUUAGAUGAACAUAAGAAAGCUAUGGAUUUGCUUAAGAAGAAUGUGGAAAUCAUUGAUCUCCAUGAAGCUGUGAAUGAUCUGAAUUCAUCUUUGGUGGUGUUCCAUACACAAAGUGGUCAUCAGAUCCACAAUAUGAAUGAAUCUAUCAGCAACCUGACUCAGAGAGUCAUUAUACUUGAAGGCGAUAUUCAUGAGAUUAACUUCAGCAAAGAAUCCAAAAAGAAGUUUAACGACGAAGGACGUCAGGUCACUGAUCUGAAAGAAAAACUUCAGAUGAUGGAUGCUUUGUCAACCCAAUCAGAAAGUGAAGAUAUGGAACAUAAAGAAAAUGUUGACAAGGAAGAACACAAACCUGCUAACAAAACAAUCAAUGAGGAAAAUCACUCAAGCUUAGGUACCGGAGAUGUGAAUUCAAGACAUUUGGCUUUCCCUGGUAUAAAUAGUAUGAAAGACUUGACUAAUCUGUUUCAGACAGUAGACUUAGAUUCCAGUGGAUCUAUUUCAUAUGAAAAUUUGAAGAAUCACUUUGGUACAUCAAUACCUGAGAUGGAAGAACUUCAGCAUUUUGACGUUGAUGGAAAUGAACAGUAUUCACUUUCUGAGCUGAAAGCAGCUUUAGGAUUGUAGUUUUUGUAAGUGGAAAGUCAUGUUAAAUAUUAUAGAAUAAUGAAAUCUUCCCUGCUGAUGUUGCACUUUUCAAGUACAGUUUAACAGCCAUUAAAAAUGUAGCUUAGUUGCUUUCCAUUCAAUUUUGCAUUUUACAUUCUUAUGCAUUAUGGAACAAACCAAAAGGUACAUAUUUUACCUUCAUUUAACUACUUUUAUUUAAAAUGGGGGCCAGUGGUCAUGUUUAUUAAAAUAUUAACAUGUCUUUUGGAAUAUGGGAACAUGCUAUAAUGUAACUUUUUUUUUAAUUCAAACCACAAACCAGCUAUGGCAGUAGAAAAAUACGAUAUAUUGGAAAACAAGUUGUGGAGAGAAAAAAAAAGAAAAGAGUAUAAUAUUUUUAAAUGUCUAACAAUAAAUGAAUGUAGGCAAGUCACUGGUUAUAACAACCUGGGCCAGAUCAAUCUGGAAGCAAUAAAACAAAAAAAAACAA